AUGCAACACUAUAGCAAGAGCGACGAAAUUUUGGGGUCGAGCGAAUUUAAGACAGUCUACUCUGGCUUCGAUCACAAGCAGGGGGUGGCGAUCGCUUGGUCGGUGAUAGACCUGAAGUCAGGUGAGUGCACGGACCAGCUGGUGCGGACGCUCCAGCUCAUUCAACGUGUGGAGCACGACCAUAUAGUCCUCAACGGCCCCCUCCUGAUCCGGAACCUGCGCAUGGGGAACGUGCUCAUCCAUCAGGACGUGGGAAUCAUCAAGCUCGACCUGCUCAGCGUCUCGUUCAUAUUCACCUCCCACGGGCACGCGAGAGAGAAGGUGGAGCAGAUUCGGAUCAUGGCCCCCGAAUGCGUCCUCGGCCCGACGGACGAGAGGGUGGACGUCUACGGUUUCGGAAUGGUCAUGCUGGAGGCAGCCACCAGGGUGCAGCCCUACAAGGAGUGCAGCACGUUCGCGAGCCUCUUCGACAAGGUCACCCACUUCCAGCCGCCCACUGCUCUCGCCCAGGUGCAGAACAGCGGCCUCCGCGACAUCAUAAGAAAGACAUUCCUGAGAGCAGCCGACCGGCCCUCUGCCCAAGAAUUACUCCAGCUCCCCUAUUUCCGAUUCGAGCCCAGCCUGUGGGGCAUGCACGUCGUGGUGAUCGACGACGACCCAGUGAAUCUCAAGGUGUGCUCCAGACUGCUGGAGAAGGAGGGUGUCACGGUCGUCCCUUGCAGCACCUUUGGUGAAGUGGUCACCUUGCUAUCCACGAGGGCCUUUUCGGCCGUCAUCACGGACAUCAUCAUGCCCCAGAUGAACGGCCUCGAGCUGACCAAGAAGCUGCGGCAGCUGAGGUACAACUCCCUCAUGAUCAUCGGAGUGAGCGCAGUAAAGAGAGACGACAUGGACGAACGCAUGGGGGAGAGCGGCAUGGAUGCGUUUCUCCAGAAGCCGUUCAACUUUGAGAACCUCAGGGUCGCUUUCACGCGGGCCCGCCUGAAGAGGACCUCGAGCGCAAAGGACCUUUGA